AAUCUCUCGAAUGUAACUACCUUGGACGAGGGUACAACAGUAGGGUUCUACCGGGAUGAUGUCACUCUCGCUAUUGGUGUGGUUGGAAUUCUCGUUGGUGGCGCUAUGUUGAGUGUCGGGAUAUUCGGGAACCUCGUCACAAUUUUGUCGAUUCUUAUCAUCAAAUCACUGAGGAAGGCAGAAAAUACAUUUAUCUGCAGUCUAGUGUUUUGUGACUUUCUUAUUCUGACUACAAAUUACAGCCUUCAUUUGUCUGUGUUCGUAAACAGACGCUGGACGCUGGGAGGACCGGCGUGUAUCUACACAAAGACGGAGAUAAACAUUCUCAUAACGUGUAGUUCGCUGCAUGUUUUCGCCAAUGCUUUCUAUCGUUACCUGAAGAUCGUGCAUCCCAACAAAGCCC